UAUUGCUUCAUUGGUGGAUUUUUCCUCCAUCCGUGCCCACUCGCUCGUCAGGAGGCCGCCCAUGCCUCCAGCUUCCGCUCGCAUUGUAGGGUGGUCCAGAAGAAGGAUACAGCGGAGCGAAAAUGGGAGUAGAAAUUCAGACUAUAACUCCGGGUGAUGGGCGGACUUUUCCGAAGAAGGGACAGCGCGUCGUGGUGCACUAUGUCGGCACACUGGCAGACGGGAAAGUGUUUGACUCUUCGAGGUCCCGGGGCAAGCCGUUCAAAUUUAAGAUCGGACACCAGGAGGUGAUUCGGGGAUGGGAAGAAGGAGUAGCCCAGAUGAGUGUGGGUCAGCGGGCAAAGCUUAUUUGCUCACCAGACUACGCCUACGGCAGCAAAGGUCACCCAGGGAUCAUCCCACCAAAUGCCACUCUCACUUUUGAUGUGGAGCUGAUUGGUCUGGAGGCCUGAAACUUGUGCACUCAACUUUAAUUCCACUCAGAUUUUCAGGGUUGACUCCUAUCUCGGGAACAUGGAGGAAAAAGGUUAACAAAUGAUUCCUGCUCUUGAUUCCUGCAUAGGACCUAUGUCUGUUGUUACACUAUUUCACUCUCCUUUACAUUUAUAUACAAGUCCUGUUUUGUCACUUGCUUUAAAACUUAUAUUAUACUUUAGAUUCCAGACAGUAAUAAGUCAUAGGCCAUCUUAUCACAUGUAUUUUGUCAUAUACUGCUUUGUAUUUUUAUGGUCAUAUUUUUUUUUUUGACUUAAGAUUGACUUUAUUGCCGCUGUUUGACUGACUAAAUGCAUCUGCCACCAGGACCACGUUUUAAGUGUCAUAAAUACUGAAUCAGUCUCAUUCCUGUGGCUUUGUGGCCUUUACAAUAAAAUUGUAUUGAUUGCGGGUAAUGAAUUGUCUUGAUUCAAAAUAAGAAUAAAUUGUUUGACACAAUAUUUUUAUGAAUUACUUUUGUUAUGUACUCUUAAAUAGAAAAAUGCCCAGAACAUGUCAUAAUCAGGGGAUCAAAAAUCAAACGUUUUCAUGAAGAGCAUUAGAGGACCUGGAAGAUGGUCUUAAUUUAUGAGCCAAAAAUACCUGCUUGCUUUAAUAUCCACAGCUAAAGGAGCAAAAUUUUCCUCUAGGAACGGCUUAUUCGAGUACAUUAAAUACUGAUUUUUAAAUAAAAUGUUUAUUUCUCCGAGUUAUUCUGUGUCACUUCAUAGCCCUUUUUUGUCAUUUUAAGCCACAGUCAAACAGGCCUAGUGACCCUGGCAACCAGCAGUUGUUAGGGAAAAAUGUGCAUUCCCUGAUGCAACCACAUAGGGUAUAAAAUGUUAAAUUCAGCUGUUCAAUGGAUGCUGCAGGAUUCAGAGACUUUAAUUUGUCAACUGGCUUCUA